UUCUAGCUUCCAGUCUGUGUUCAGUGUUCCUAUUGAGCGGUUCGGUUGAAAAAUCCCAACUCAAAGGUCUUCGAAAAAAUAAAAAAAUCUGUUUGAUUUCUUGUUGUGAAUCCGGUUUUUCUUAUUGUUGUACAUCUUCAUUUCAAAAACACCUCAUUUUUCUACCGUUUUUAAUCUAUUGUACAGUGUUUUUAGCUCUGGAAUUAUUUUUGACGUCAUUGCCAAAAUAAAACAAAAAACUAUUUUGUGUGGAUUAUUUAAAUAUUAUGGUAUUUUUCGAAUUUUCGAAAAUAAUAUAUUAUUUUUUGUAGUGAAAAAGAUUACCUAAGUUUUUGUUAAAAUGUUUGUGCUAUUUUGUGCAUCUGCUGUCAAUAAACAAAAUAUUUUAUAAAUACAAGAAAUUUAAAUAUUAUUCAAUGUUCUGCAAACAUCAUUGAUGAGCACACCAAAACCAACGACCGACGUGACGAGGUAAAAAUACGCUUACACUACCGUAUACUUCAUUCAAAUAUGCGGCAGAGGAGAUUUUUGAAAUAAAAAUCUAGACCGGCAACAAAAUCAGCAAUAUAGCAACGUUGUAUUUAAAAUGGUGGACAUUAACUGGGUGAUUGCGGGCAGAUGAAAACUAAACACAAUUAACCAAUUCACGUGUCAUUGUAGAAAAAAGGAUUAAUUCAUAAAUUAUUAUUACUCAUACAGAGAAAAGAGGCAAGUCCUUGAAAAGAAUGCAACCAAAUCAAUUAAUAUUUCAAAUAUGGAGUGAUUUUCUUCGGCCAACACGGAGAAAACUCUGAAAGGUUUUGAAAUAUUUAACAAUAUAAGCAGAAAAAUAAAAACAAAACAAUAAAAAAGGAAUUAAACUUUUUUGUGUAAACGCAGUAUUUCAAAGAAAAUGAAUCGCAAACGCUCGUUUAAACGAAGAGAAAAACCACCAUUCGAACGAUUCAAGGAUCAUUUUAGAGCAUUUACUGCCUUUAUGUUUAGUAAUGUGGGAAUUAUUCUUCUGGUGAUAAUCUAUACAAUAGGUGGUGCAUUUAUGUUCCAAGCAAUUGAGACUUCAGAAGCCAAUAAGGUAGGGCGGAAGCCGAGUGUAGGGGAACGCAAUAAGACAGUGAUAGCUGAAAUUCUGUGGAGGAUCACUUGCUGUGAAUCGAAUAUAUUUAAUGAGACUGAAUUCAAAAAAAGGAUGAAUGAAACGAUUUUUAAUUUUACUACUGCAAUUAUUAAAGCUGAACUCGAUGAUGUGGACAUCAAACAGCAAUGGAGUUUUUCGGGUGCAUUCCUUUAUUCUCUGACUGUCAUUACAACUAUUGGAUACGGCAAUAUUUGUCCGAAAUCAAAUUGGGGCAAACUUAUUACCAUUCUCUAUGCAAUAAUUGGAAUGCCAUUGUUUCUCUUGUAUCUAUCGAAUAUUGGUGAUAUUUUAGCAAAAUCUUUCAAAUGGAUCUACGCUAAAGUUUGUCUUUGUCGAAUUUGCCCUGGUGUAGCUCGACGACGAAUUAUACGAGAACGUCGAAAAAUUCGUCGUAUGACAAUUGAUAGAGAUAUGGAUAGCAUGGAAGAAGGAACUGAAUCCCGAUCGAGUAAUUCCACCGAACAAACGUCAUCUGAAACCAAUGAUUUCUAUGAAGAAGACGAUUCAGAAAUCGAAGCUGAAAUUCAAACUAACACGUCUACGGUCACAGUUCCGGUUACUGUUUGUAUUUUUAUAAUGAUUGGUUACAUUCUGUUUGGAGCAUUCAUGUUUGGAACAUGGGAGAAUUGGACCUUGCUAGACGGAAGUUAUUUUUGUUUCAUAUCGCUAAGCAGUAUUGGUUUCGGAGACAUCGUUCCGGGUGAAAAAGUGAUAACAAACAAUGACAUUACAAAUGUUGAAACGAGUUUUAUUCUCUGCGCUGUUUAUUUGUUACUGGGAAUGGCUUUGAUUGCUAUGUGCUUUAAUUUAAUGCAGGAACAAGUUAUUCAUCAAAUGAGGUCUAUCAAACGUGUGCUGAAAAUAUGUUUCCGGUGUAAGAGGUGAUAAAGUUCGCUGGUUGGAUGAACCACGAAAACUUAGUACGGUAUAAAGUUCAAGACCAAGAAGGUAGAACACUUAAACGCAACUGCGUUCAAAACGGAAGUUGGGCUCUAAUCACGUAAAAUGAAAAAACAACCAAACAGCUAUAGUGUCAUUUUGUUUAAUAGAAAAAGACAUGCUUUAAACGAUAAUGUUUGAUAGUUUUCAUUUUACGAGAUUAGAUCCCAAUACGAUUAGGGCUUACACAAAACAGUAUUUUUUCGCUCUCAUGAUUAUUCAAUGAUACAAAAUUAGAAUAACAAUUUGAAAUGACAUUAGUUCAUAUUUAAAAAAAAGGUCAUGGAAUAUUUGUAAGUCGAAAGUAUCGAAGCUGUCAAUGAAAAAUGCCUUUUCAACCCAGCCCAGAUGAAAACAUACAUGCAAGCUGUUAAGAUAGACCCCUUAAACAAAAGAAAUAAAAACAGCUCCAAAGUCGUAAUAAAAAAAGACCCUUCCAAAAUUCCUUCAGAAAUAUAAUUUAAUUUAAUACAUUAAUGAAUAAGUUAAUUCUAAAUUGUAAUAUUAAUUUUUGUAUUGGUUUACAUACUUAAGAAAUAAAAACUCACUUAAUAAAAUUUAA